AUGGACAUCGUGAACAGAAAUUGGCACAAUUUACGUCAGACCCCAGAGAGAAAUGUAAUUGGAGAUCCGUACCUAAUGGCAGAACGUAAAAGAGGAGCGGGUGAUAGAGUGAGGCUGUCAUUGAUCUCUCUUUCUUUCGCGCCUUUUCUCGCUCCCUUUGUCUGUCUGCUCUCUCUCACUCUAUCUUGCUCUCGCUUUCUUUCUGUGGAUGCGUCCUCGCUCUACGAAGCACGGCGGAGUUCGGACAGCCGGCCGCCUUCUCCUCUCCUCUCCGUCGAGUUCUUCUGGAUCCCUUUCUCGUGCGCGAAUCCGGAGGAAGAGUGGGAGGCCGCAUCCGGUGGAGGAGUCCACCGCCGAAGACGCCGAGGUCACGGUCGGCGCCGCCUCACGGAGAGGUCGUACGUUCCCAGGCUUCUGCUUCCCUGAAAGGCCGCUCCGGGUAUGUUCUGGUGCCGUCUUUCGACGAAUUCUCGCCUUUCGUUGAUUCGGGGGUUAUGUUCUAGUGCCGUCUUUCGAUGGGUUCGUGAUUUUCUCUGUGUCGGGGGCAUCUUCUUGUGGACUCUUUCGAUGGGAUCUUUAUUUUCUUUGAUUUGGACUUUCGGUUGCCUGCGGUGGUGCGGGUGGUGCGAGAUUGCUGAAGAAAGCUCUGGCUUUCCUCCUUCCUCUUAUUUAUUUACUUUCUUCCGAUUUGUUUUGCCGCUUCGUUGCUGAUUCGAUUUGAUGUUUGGUCUGGGUAGGGGGAUCUAUCUUCUUCUUUAGACUUCCAUCAGAUUGCUCUUUGGGGACGGAUGAGUGUUACAGUCUGGAGGAGAAAAGAUUAUUUCAGCAAGGUUUAUCGAUUGACGGUGACGGGUGAGCGUGUUGAAUCAAGGGGCACAUUCGAUUUUCAGAUCGCUGAGCGAUCGACCAGGGUCUGGAGAAGAACCCGGUGAUUUCCGGCAGGAAACAACACCCUCCGUACCUGCACCUCUCCCGAGCGUUAUUCCCCACCCAGAAAAGCCAUCAGAACUUGGUGGCGGGCUGUCCUGUUGAGAAAGCAGCUGGAAUCGAGGGAGGAAGUGUGGACGAGGUUGUCGGGCUACAGGAGGAAGCGAGGAUGUCUCCCAUCCCGGAUCGGGUACAUGCUUCGACGUCCCUCAUUCCUUUCCUUGACGGCGACUGUAGAGAGCUUUCUCUCCGCAUCCCAAAGCACAUCACAUCUUGACAAUAGGAAUGUCCUAUCCAAAAUCGACAGGUGCAGGUCGGAAAUUCUCCAUUAUACAAGGUAGAGAGAAUGUUGGGAGCAGGAGGUUUUGGGCUGGUCUACAUUGGACGAAGGGUGGCUGGUGGAUCUCAGGGCAAUGGGCCCAAUGCCUUUAAGGUUUAGUUUCAACCUCCCAUCACUCCUGCCACGGGAAUCUUUAAAUACUGCUGUUUUAUGUUGUCUCUUUCAUUUUCCUGCGGUGGGUGUAGGUAGCACUGAAGUUUGAGCAUAGAAAUAGCACGGGUUGCAGAUUUGGCCCCCCAUAUGAAUGGCAAGUUUAUGAGUAAGAAGACACCCCCUACUGCUCUAAUUUAUUACGUAUUGUGUCGAUCUAAAACUAUGUUCUUCACCUGACUUUGUGAAUAUGGUUUUAGCCAUCUCAAGGGAUGCUAUGGAUUACCUAGGGUGCACUACAAGGGCCGCCAAGGAGAUUAUUUCGUCAUGGUUGGCGUAGAGUCUUUCAUUUUAUUGUUUCCUCGAAUUAUAUUUUUUAUUGAAAGCUAGUUAUGAUAUUGUUGAUGAUGAUUGCUGCAGAUCAUGGACAUCCUUGGACCAAGUCUUCUGGAUGUGUUCAUAUCCAUUGGGCAAGUGUAAGAAAAUAAUCUUGACUUCAUAUUCAAAGUCAAUAUUCUGUUGAAAAUUGUGCUAUUGAGUUUGACUAACUCCUUGGACAGAAUGCCACCAAAUAUGGUGGCUUGUAUUGCUGUGGAGGCAAUAUCCAUCCUUGAGAAGCUACACCAAAAAGGGUAUGUAGGGCUUUGUGGCAGUGUGAUAUUUUUUCAAUUAUAUUUUCGCAAAGGUCACAGUAAUUAAUUCAUUGCUCCCUUGUGCACUCCCUCCCUCCACCCACACAAAAAAAAAACAUGCCAGGUUUGUGCAUGGAGACGUCAAGCCAGAGAAUUUAUUGUUGGGUAAACCCAGAAGCUCAGGGGAGAAGAAGCUUUUUCUCAUCGACUUUGGGCUGGGUAUGUUGCUGCAUUCCAAUCACUUCUUGUUUUCACCUCUCGCGCCUAUUGAUUUUAGAGUAGGGUUUGUUUUUCCAAGUAUAUAAACAAAUUUGUCUUGACUGAGAAGUCCCUGUCUGUAUCAACAUCAGUGAUAUUUUUGUGCUUUGUUCAGAGCCUGUACAAAUGCUAAUUGGUGUCAUUAAUAUUUUAAUCAGCUUCAAUGUGGAGGGACAGUUUGUCAGGCCAGCAUGUCAGAUUAUGCCAACAGCCAGAUAAUUUCAGGUUUUUUGGGAAACGAUAUUCUAUUUUUUCCCUAAAUUCUUAGCUAAGAUGAGGAUUCAUAAAAUCUUACCCCUACCUUACUAUCUAUCUCAUGUUCCCUAGGGGCACAACACGAUAUGCAAGCGUCCAUGCACAUUUAGGCCUCACAGCGAGUAGAAGAGAUGAUCUUGAGUCAUUGGCCUACACUCUGAUUUUUUUGAUUAAAGGAAGGCUGCCGUGGGAAGGCUAUCAGGUUUGCUUCCACCUCUACUUGUACAUGUUCUCCGAUCUCUUUGAUUCAUCACUUGCUGAUUCUUAUGCCAACUAUGUAGGGGAAUGACAAGAGGUUUCUAGUCUUCAUGAACAAGACUGUAACCUCCCCCGAGACGCUGUGUGGUGGCUGUCCCCCUCCUUUCGCACAAUUCCUUGAAGCAGUGAAGAAGAUACAAUUUGUUGAGCAGCCCACCUACUCGAAGCUCAUUUCUCUUUUUGGAAGCUUGAUAUGCUCCCCCUGCACCCUGUUAAAGACCAUUCGGAUUGAUGCAAUUUUGAAGGUGGUUGCAAACAUGACAUCACUGAAAUUACCUCGCAUAUUUUUAUUUUAUGUCAGAUGGUUUUAUCUCUUUUUCAUGGCUCUAUCAUCUGUUGUUAAAUAGGCUGACCAUGUUUCCAACAGGUUCACCAAAAACGUGGAAGAUUGCAGGUAA